AUUUCGUUCAUGUUUUCGGUCGGCGGGUGUGUGUCUUUUCUUUGUGUUCUUCUGUUUCAGGAUUGAUUUCAUUUUAUUCUAUGUCAUGUCACUAAUCGUUACGUUCCCUUCCAGGUACCUAGAUCAUAGCAUUUCCUUAUAUCCUAAACUUUCCUUAUUUUCCUCCCGGGUGUGCGGUCGCGCGUUUGCUCUCAUUUGCUGUGAAUGAGAGCAGCGGCUUCCACGUGGCCGCAUGUCCAGGUGCAAAAGGUAAAUCAUCUUCUUUCGAAGAUGGUAACCAGGUAUCAUUUCAAGCGCAACAUAUAGCCUCUGAAUUGAUGCAAGACCGUAUACAUUCACCUCCACGAGGUUCGCACCUGUUUUAUACAGAAAAUGUAGCGGAUCGCAUUUAGAUUAAUUGCUAUUAGAUAUUCACAAUACAAUUUAACAUUUACGUAAGAAUGUUAAAUUGUAUUUGGAAAUCUGGUUGCAUAGCCUUAUUCCAGAUGAAUGGUCUUCGCAUCAGCUGUCUUCGAUUCUAACCAUUAGUUAACGUUAGAAAGUACGCGUUGGUAAAGCAUGUUUUAAAGCGUCCAGUGUUAGAGAAUAAGAUACAUGAUGCGUCCCACGAACAACACCGUUUAUGAUACUAGAUAUCAGAUGUUCAUAGCCGUUCUUAUGAGCACUUUGACGUGUGUUAUAGCGUAUUUGGUGUAUAAUUCACACUCCAAGCCUGUCCUUAUCGGAAAAGGACUCGUCAGCGAGGAUCUGCUGAGGAGAAGCAACGGUAUCGAUAAGCCAGAACUGUAUUUAUCCAUCCUUGGCAAUGUCUUCGAUGUUACCAAAGGGGCUAAGCAUUAUGGACCUGGUCAAACCUACAACAUGUUUAUCGGCAGAGACAACUCGAAGGGUUUCCAGACUGGUAAAAUGCAUGCUGAUGACGAUGAUAACAUCAGCUUUGAGUUUGCUGAUUUGAAAACACUCGCAUAUUGGAUUCAAUUCUACAAAGAUCAGUACAUCAGCAAAGGUAAAUUGGUUGGUAAAUACUACGAUUACAAUGGUAAUCUUACCCCGUACGGAGAACAAGUGCAUCUGCAACUCGAGAAAGUGAAGGAGACUGAGGCCAAAGAGGAAAAUAUCAAAUUGAUAUUUCCACCUUGCAAUAUCGAAUGGUCCCCGCAUUCCUAUACCAGAGUGUGGUGCACCAAGAAUAGUGGCGGAGUGAAGAGAGAUUGGGCUGGUUUCCCGAGGCGGCUGUUCGAUACCGAAAAGCAAACCGAGCGAUGCGCCUGCAUCGGCGAUAGCAACCAGGAUCUAGGUAUGUACGAGGAGUACAUAGAAUGCGAAUCGGAUUCACCCAGUUGCUACACGUUGAUGCCAGUAUAGACAACAACAAACCAAAUCACAAAAGAUUAAAAAAGAAAAGUAUUCCGACUACUAAACUAUGUGACUAUUACAAGACUUUUACCUAGAUGUAUCUUAAAACCAACCACUAAAGUAUUAACAUACACUAUUACUUAGUUUAAGUACUUACACUUAUUUUAUAUUUGUGACUAUAUACAAUUUUUAUUAUUUUUUUUUAAAUACACUGCGACAAUAAGAAAUCACAUUACAUAACAAAUUUGUGAAUGAUUAAAUCCAAUCAGUUAGAUAAUAGAAAACAACCUGACAACAAAC